AUGUCCCAGAUCCAAAUUGGUGGCAUUAGCAUCCCUGCUCUCGCCCUCUGUGAUACCGGAGCCGACGCCCGCCUCCUCGUCAGUCCUCUUGUCGCUAAGCGAGCCUCUGAGCAGCUUGAUGCCAAGAUCUUCCCCUUGAGAAAGGAAAUCCCGCUAGAAGACUACCGUGGCCGAAAGGCUGGGUCAAUAAAGCAAAAGAUGGUCGCCACGUUCGAAAUCGACGGCCGCCUCUUCCUUAACCAGACAUUUCACAUCACCGAAAGCGGUCACGACGUCUUUGUUGGUCUAAAAUGGCUUGGCGAGCAGAAUGUCCUUCUCGACUGCGCCGCCAGGGAAAUCGUCUGGCCCGACAACCUCCCCGCCCUCCCCUUCUGGACUUGCACCAGCAUUCAACCGGCCACAUCAGUGAUCUGCGCGUCGAGGACCGGACGACGCGGCGGCGCGAGGGGCGCCGCGGUGGUGUCGGCAAGUUGUUCACGCCCCCGACCCCAUGCAGCAGCGGCCGGGCAUGUCCACAAUGCUUCCUUGUUCAGUGAGACCCGAAUGCGCAGGCCGCAGCGAUGGACUGCAGCGCCGACCAAGGCUGAAAUGCACGUCGCCACGGCUCCACAACAGGACGACGGAGCUUGA